AUGGCGAACGACUGGGGUGAAAAUGGAGGCAAUUCACGUGGAAGCCGAUCGUUCGAUAACCCAAGUCAAUUGAGAUCCGAUUUCACGAUGUCGGGACGAACCGUCUUCGACGAUCACUAUUCCGACGAGGACUCAUUCUUCGAUGCGAUGAGCCACAAGGAGCGUUCGGCGUCAUUUGGUGGCGCCACUCAAUACAGUCAGCAAUUCAUGCACAAUCAUCUUCUCGACUUCUCGUUCAACGAGCACAACAUCUACAAUCCGUCGCUUUUGACCAUCAACAGCUACAAUUCGAGACGCUUGCGCAAAUUGUGGGAAAUUGCGCUGAAACCUCGAGCGGAAAUUGAAAAGUGGGUGGUUGUAAUUCGUUAG